AUGGACAGUGAACAUGAGCUGGAGUUCGACGAUGAACUCGAACUACAAACUCCUCGCAAACUACGAAUCGGGCGCACUUCGAACUCAUUAUCAACAAACGGUGCAGAGCCCUCCUCUCAAGGCAUUGUAGAGCAAAGCACCGUACUUAAAAUGCCACUCAAAGGCGACGCGGGUGCAAGACUGCAAGCUGAAACUCCAUCUAGAUUGUCCCCUUCAACUUAUGCACGAAUCAAUAAGUACCAGUCUCGCAAUGGGACCCCAUUGAAAAAACCGCCCAUAGUGUCUAGUGUGCAAGAGUCAUUAGAUGAAGAUGAUGAGAAGCAGAUAAGAGAAACCAAGUUGUUGACAGAUGACAACAAGUUAGACACCGCGGCAUCCUCACCGUUGCGAACAGCCGUGGUAGACAUGCAACAGUCCAGUCCGGUAAAAAGCUACAAAAUAAUCGAGAAGGCUCAGUUAGGUACCCCUCCAAAGUAUAACAUCCGCUCUCGUCCUGUGAACGAAAGUAGCACAGAGCGUAAAAAUGACACUACCAAACAGAAACUGCCAAUUCCGUCACCCACGAUUCGAGAAAAACGGCCCAGUUUGCGUACUGAAUCUCUGCCAGCGCCUAAGCCUUCAGCCAGGCGCUCACUGCCAUUGUUGAGAUCUGAUAGAAGCAGUUUUUUGAAGCAUGAUCUCCAAUUGCCCGAUAUGAGUCGUGCUGAGAUUCUUGAGCGAAUGAACGAAAGUAUUUUAUCAUUGAUUGAGAACGACACUCACAGCAGAAGAAAAAGCAGGGAGGAAGAAUCUCAUGAUGUGGACAACAUUCCAGACAAUUCAGACGAGUCUUCAGGUGAUUCGCCUGAAAAGAUAUUGGAUGAAAUUGAUAUGGUUCUCAACUCCACCAGGCAGCCCAGUUCUGACGUGGGACACCGGCCUAGAAAAAGAGAAGGUCUGCCCGGCUUGGAUGAGGAAUCUGGGUGCAUUAAUUCCAGCCCGAGGAAGAGGCGAAAGAAAACCACCCCGAUCUACAAGAAUAUAUCUGAGCCAGAACAUACUGAUCGCAGAUCAAAAGUUGUGCCAUCAUCAAUACGUAGUGGUGAAGUUGCCUACUACGGAGAUUGGCCAGAACAACGCUGGAGCAAACUAGACCAGCUUAUCAGGCUGAAUCUUAUGAGCAAAGAGGAGAUCAUUGACAGCGGCCAUGUACUCCGAGAAUUUAACUGUGUCAACAAGAACGAGCUCAAACAGAGGGUGGAUUUCUUAACUGAGUACAGUAAGUUGAAAACGAAGAAAACGAGAAUAUUGCCGAGAAAGGGUAAGCUCCGAUCCAAACGAAGUGUAUUAUAG